AUGAACAGGUCACAGGAUACUGUCAUCGAUGAUGACGAGGAGACCUGUCCAUUAUGUAUUGAAGAGUUUGACUUGACCGACAAGAAUUUCAGGCCCUGUCCUUGUGGCUACCAGAUCUGUCAAUUUUGCUUCAACAGCCUCAAGAACACCUACGAAAAAAGUACGUGCCCGAACUGUCGAAGACCUUACGACGAAAAAACAAUUCAAUAUAAGAUUCCUACCGCCGAGGAGUUCAAACUCGACCAGCUGAACAAGAACAAAAAACAAGCCGCCGCGAAGCGAAAAGAGACGGAAAAGCGUGAAGUCGAGAACUCGGCCCGUCGUAACCUGGCAGGAGUUCGCGUCAAACAACAAAACCUCGUCUAUGUCAUUGGCUUAAUACCACAAAUCAAAGACGAACAAGCGUUGCUGCAGACUCUGCGGGGUCCAGACUAUUUCGGUCAGUAUGGAGAAAUCGAGAAAAUCGUCGUCAGCAAAGCCAAACCAGGAGCCGCAAACCAAGGAAUCGGUGUUUACGUAACGUAUGCGCGCAAAGAAGAUGCAGCACUCUGUAUCAACACCGUUGAUGGUUCUCCUAAUGGUGACCGGGUGUUGAGGGCUCAAUUUGGUACGACCAAGUAUUGCUCAGCUUAUCUUCGGGGCGAGACCUGCAACAACAAAAACUGCAGCUUUCUCCACGAGACUGGCGAAGAUGGUCAACACAGUUCUCUUCAAAAUGAGCCACACGUCACCAAAAUUCCGCCAAAGCCACCGAUGGGGUCCCAGUCCUCCCAUGUAAGCCUUCCUCCACGACCUCAAUCCACCACGCAAAGUACGACGACUCAACACCAUACCAAAGAGGAUGAUAGCAGCAGGAAGAAUAGUCAUGAUAGCUCUGCUCUUCCCUCCACUGCAAGCUGGGCAAAUGCCAGUGCUCCAGUUGCUCGGGCUAGACGGGCCAGCCAAGCAAACAGCAGAGCGACUCCUAGUCCCCAGAUGAUCCAUGCGUCACUGUCCUCCCAGAAGCCGGAUGAGUCCAAAGCCAAGGAGACGACUCCUGCCCCACAAUCUUCAACGGUGUCAACCAAGGCAGUGCCUCCCACCGACACUUCGGCCUCGAAACCCAAGUCCAAACCGGUGGACUAUGUACAACAACAAUACGACGCAGUCCUACGAGGUGUAUCACCAAAUUUCCGAUUUGUUUACGAUGAUUCAUGUCUCAGUCCCGAAGUUCGAGCCGCCGUUGAUGACAUGCCGCCUUUGAUUGAUCCUUACGGUGGAGCCAAACGUCGAGCCAUGCGCGAGAGAGAUGAAGCAGAACGAGCAAAAGUCGAAGCCGAGGCGAAAGCCAAACUUGAAGCUCAAGCAACAUCAGCUGCCGAAGACACUCUAGAUGAUGAGAACGUCGUGGCUGGGAGCCUGGCUUUGGGUGGUGAGCCCGAAGACGAUCCGAGAAGCUCAUCCGUUCGUGGAGCUAUCGGACGUCCACCACAACCUCUCUCAGACCAGUUUUCGUCGAUGAAUCUCAAUACUCACAGCUUGACUCCUCAACAACGACAACAAUUGGCUCUAAUCAACACCGGCAAUCUUCAACAAGCAGCGGAUCUUGGCCAAUCGGCUGCACAAAACACCGCCUUCGAAAUGUCAGAUUUUGAUCGACGAGGACCACAGUACAGCCAAGCCCAAUAUGAGCAAAUCAGUAGUCAUCAACGCCAUGGUUCGAGAUACUUCAACAACGACUCCAAAGCUGCCAGCAACGCCAAUCGCUUCCAGGGCCAACAGCAAACUUUCUAUUCCAGUGGUGUGCAAGGUCCUCCUCCAGGCUUGCCAACUGCCGGCACGCCUCCUGUUAGUGGCGGAGGAAUGUUUGCUCACGGUCAGAACUUCACCAAUCCUGGGUUUGGUCCCUCGAAAGAUACCAAUACAGAGGUCUACUCGAGAAAUCGGAGUGGGACAAAUCAAGGUCAUGACAUGUCUAAGCGUGAGUUGCUCCUUUCUUUACAAAAUAACCCCCUUCGUUCACCUCCAUUAUCAGCCCCUGCCCCUGGCGUUCUCAACCCGCUUUAUGGCCAAUACCAGGGAACCUACCAAGAUCCUGGCCUUGUCAAGCAAAGGAAAAAGGGGAAGAAGCACAGACAUGCUAACACUUCCUCUUCAGGAGGUGGUGUAGAGCAUCUUGCGGACCCGAGUAUUGUAUCCACGAGAGUACACCAGGGCAACACCACAGGGCAGGGGCUGUUUGGUGGUAACCAAGUAGAUGAGAAGAAUUUUCCUCCGCUGCCUAUCCGUUCAGAGAUUCAACCGACACCUAUUCACUCUCGGGUAUCGUCUUAUCAUAGCUUCCAGAGCUCUGGUCUUCGAUCGUCCACCCCCAAAAUCCCUCCAGGGUUUGAGCUCAUUCAUGGUCAUCCGAUGCCGCCUUCAAGACAGGAAUCACCUGCUCAGGCUAGUCAAGUUGCUGGACAACGAAUCACAUCAACGGCUUGUGCCACUGUUGCUCCCGCUGUACCUCUGGUCCCUGUAGGCCCACGCACAUCUAGCCCAAAGCUGAAGAUCCCAGAGAUCACAAAUGAAGGGACUAAGAACGUUGGGGAGGAUGAGAACGUUUCUAUUCAUGCCGGAAAGCAAAGAAAUGAGGUCAGCGACGCCAGCUAUGCAUCUCCGAGUAAGGAAGCUACCCGACAGAAGUUUGAAACAGAUCGAAAGCCGGAUGUGCUGGAUAAAAGUGAAGAAAAUUUCGCGCAGAAAGAUGAGGCUCUACUUCCCUCAAAAUCAGGCGACACCGAGAGUAAGGGUAAAGCCGUUGCCCAAAAACCCGAAAAGAGAGAGCCGCCACCUCCAGGGAUUUCUGCAAAUGCUACCGCAGCACCAUCUGCCGCGUCGGCUCCAACGGGCGGAGUGGGAAAGUCUGGCGCACCCAUUUUGGACGCUGCUGUAGUGGGUACAUCAGGAACACUGAGUUCACGGCCAGCUACUCCCGUCACCACAACCCCAUCCGAUACGUCCAAGGCGUCUAUGGCUAGACCCAGAACCUUACGUGUGACCACUGGUAUGACCACCAAAACGGCGGAACCUACGCCGGCAUCAGCGACAACUGAGAAAUCAGGCAUUUUGCCUCCUAUUUCAGUGACAAAGAGGGGCUCGAGGAGGCCUUCGCUGUCUUCCGCUCAGCAUAGCAGACCAUCAACACCAGCGAUGUCAGAGAGAUUUGUAUCCCAUGAUGUUUCUCGAGCAAGCUCUCCUCCACCCAAUGUUGUAGGUUCUGCGCCUGAACGCGUCAAAAGCAAGAAUCAACAAAAGAAAGACCGACGAGAUAAGGCGAAAAAGACUACCGAAGCAAGUGAGGCUGGAAGCGCCUCAACUCCACCAACCGUUGAAGAGGUUGCGCCGGUCAUCGCGAGACAGAAGAAACAAAAACGAAGAAUGGAGAGUAGUCCUGUGCCAAUCGUGGAUGACAAGCCCAAAGACAAGCCAGCCGAUGAUGUCGAGACUCCGACUUCAAAGCCAGAAGAAGUAAUCGAUAAGCAAACUCCCGAAGCAGACUCGAAGAAAGCAUCCUCGAAGACUCAAGAGAAAGAGAGAACACUAUCAGCCACAAACAAGACGGCAAAAGGCCCAAAUCAGGCAGAAACCCUUGGAACCCCGCCCCCGGCAACUCCAAACAAGGAGCCCACCUCGAGAGGUGUGGACCUUCUCAAAGCUCCCUACACACUUCGGGACCUCUACAAUGAAGUUGGUAAGGUACCUAGUCAUGCUGAGAAGGCAAAUCUCGUGCAGAAGCUUCUGGACGAACACGUCUCGGCCAUGCCUAAGAUCAUUUCGUCGAUGAUCCAGUCAGGAGACCUGUCCAAGGAUCACCCGUGGCUCAAUCCACCGAAUUUCAAUUCAGCUGCUUACAAACUAGCUCCUGAUGCCAGACGUGGACAGGAGUAUCUGGACGGAAAUGGCUACAGUGCGAACGAUGCAUUUGGAUAUAUUUAUCUCCCGUUGAAGGAGAAGCAAGCACUCAAGGACGGACAUGCCGUCAGUGUUGCGGACGCCGGUGAUCGUAGAGACGACCUCCUCAAGAGAUGUCUCGUCACACCUAGUGGCUGGGUCUUAAGACACCUCAGCGCAGAUGAAAGCGAAAAGAUUUUGGAGUUGGAAGAGAGACGGCAGAUGUAUAUGGAGGAGUUCGGUGAAGUUGGCACCAUGGACGGCCUCGGCGUGCUCGAAGCAGACGAUUUCACGAAUCUAGGGGGUGGCAUGGAACGACUCGGUCGUCAAGGCGAGCACCAUGGCGUGGUCUGGGUGACGGGUGAUGCCGACCAGAUGGGCGAGGAUGACGAGUUCGAUGCCUUCGACGACGAGGACGGUGAAAUCGAUGGUGAGAUCGGUGUCAGUGACGAAGAACCCGAGCUCGAACAUGAAGGCCUCGAUGAUGAUGAUGAUAAUGCUGCUGCUGCAGACGCCGCCGCCCUCGAUCUCCAGGAUAGCGUCAAUAUGCCUGGCGCAUGGGACCUGCUUCCAUCGGCUUCUCACAGUGGGACCAAGUCCACUGGCAUCGGUGCCGGCCGCGUCAUGUCUCUCCCUGGCCUGAACCCGCACUCCGAUUUGCCCUCUCUGCGAUCACCGAAUACCCAGUCGAACGUGGGCAACGCUCCACAUGCACCUCUGGGUCAUCGACAUGGUAGUAACACGAGAGCCAUGUCUUCCAAGGCCAACAUGGCGUCAAGCGGGCAGACCCAGAGUCAGAAUUUCACGACGGCGCCCACCAACCUUCGCGCUUUGGACUCCGAGACGCUCCAGAAGCGCGUCCAGGAGAAACAGAGGGAACUCGAACAGGCGCGCAAGGAGAUGGAUAAGAUCGAGAAGCUCUGGACGAAGAAGAGUAAGGAUAUCGGGAGGUGGAGAGAGGGGUUGACCAAGGCUUAG